AUGGCUUCGUUGGAGACAAAGACUCAAAUCGCCGCCUGGCUAGAAAAGCCGGAGCAUGGAGCACGGCUCAAGAUCAGGAAUGAUAUCGAAAUUCCUAUGCCUGGAGAGGGUGAAUUCCUCGUGAAGCUAGAGUAUACCGGGUUCUGCCAUUCCGAUGUCCACAGUAUAUAUGGCGAAACUCCUAUGGAAACAGAUAUUGCAGGGCAUGAGGGUAUUGGACAGGUCAUCCAAUUGGGUUCAAACGUGUCGGAAGACUGGCUCAACACACGAGUCGGGAUCAAAUGGCAAUAUAGCACUUGUGGAAAUUGCGAAAUAUGCCAGGUAAACCCGACUGCAUGUCCAUACCAGCACAAUUCGGGCCGGGAUAGGAGGGGGACGUUUCAACAAUUUAUGGUUGCUCCAGCGAAAGAUACUACGAAGAUUCCUCAUGGGCUCAAGUCGGAAGUCGCCGCACCUCUCCUUUGUGCUGGACUUACCAUGUAUUCCGCCGUCUUAAAGACAAGGCUGAAUGCCGGGGAAUGGUUGCUGCUCCCGGGAGCCGGAGGAGGACUUGGCCACCUGGGCCUGCAAGUUGCAGCAAGACGAGGCUAUAAGGUGAUUGCCAUUGACACGGGAGAUGCGAAGCGAAAGAUGUGUAUGGACCUCGGAGCAACGGCUUUUCUCGAUUUCAAAACCGAUGAUGUUGAUGCAGAAGUCAAUAAAUUAACGAAUGGAUUCGGUGUCCAUGCUUGCAUUGUCUCAGCUGGCUCCGAAGCGGCAUAUGGUCAAGGCUUCAAACACGUUCGCAACCUAGGGACACUAGUCUGCGUUGGCAUCCCAAGGCUUGACUUCAACCUCCCCAUAUCACCAUUUAUGAUGAUUGUCCGUGGUCUGCAUGUUGUUGGAUCCUCUGUAGGCACGACUUCAGAGUUGGAUGAGCUUCUUGAGAUGGCGGUCAAGGGCGAGGUUGUGCCUCAGAUCUCCGUCUUUGAAUUUCACGAGAUCAACAACAUCAUGGAAAGGCUGGCUAGGUUCGAAAUAGGUGGACGAGUGGUUCUCAAAAUCCCCCCUUGA